AUGGCUGGUGCAGAGUUUGGCUGUGACAUUGACGGCUCAUGUCCCGUCGAUAACGUCCAAGUGCCUCUUGAAUCAUUUGGCGGCGCCGACUCGGCUGGUCAGAUGAAGCACCUUGUGCGGGACGAUGGCAUGAACACUUUCCGACUACCCAUGACGUGGCAAUUCGUCACGGCAAACAAACCCUCAGGUCCACUGGACAAGGCCAAUUUCAACAAUUUCGACAAGCUGGUACAGGCUUGCCUGGAUACCGGUGCAUACUGCAUGCUAGAUCUUCACAACUUUGCGCGAUACGAUGGGGGAAUUAUUGGCCAAGGGGGACAGUCCGACGACGUCUUCGCAAGUCUGUGGAAACAAAUCGCCACACACUACGCCAAGAACGACAAGAUCAUCUUCGGUCUUAUGAAUGAACCUCAUGCCUUGGACAUCAACACGUGGGCCAAGAGUUGCCAGGCUGCCGUCACAGCGAUUCGCGAGGCCGGCGCAGAGUCUCAAAUCAUCCUCCUCCCCGGAACCAACUUUGCAAGCGCCGAGACGUUUGUGUCUACCGGCAGUGCCGACGCCCUUGCCGCCGUCACGAACCCCGACGGGACAACGGACAACUUGUUGCUCGACUUGCACAAAUACCUCGACAGAGAUAACUCAGGCUCCCAUGCCGAGUGUACCACCAACAACGUGGCUGGCUUCCAAACCAUUGCUGAGUGGUUGCGUAAGAACAAACGCCUCGCUUUGAUAUCAGAGUCUGGCGCAUCAAUGGACCCAUCUAACGACGACGUCUUCGUGGGAUUUGUUGGCUGGGGAGCGGGUGGUCUCGAUGUCACAUAUCUGCUUACCCUGACGCCCUCCAAGUCGGGUGAUGCGUGGACAGACAAUAAAUUGAUGAAGCAGUGUAUCAUUGCUAUAUUUGGCAGACCCCAGGCCAGCUCAACUACACAGAAACCUACAUCUACGUCCGCCACGUCCGCCACGUCCUCGACCUCGACAGAGCAAACAACGCAAGAGGCGGCUUCUCCUACCCCGGCCGGCACGAGGAAUACCAAUGCGAAUGCAGCCACCCGAACCAAGGAAAACGCCGCAGGCCGGGUCCUAGUUUCUACUCUGCACAUUAUUUUAGGGAGCAUCCUAGGACUAAAACUGUGCCUUCAGUAG